GGCGGUGGAGGCGGCGGUGUGUCACCGAGGCACCGAGGCUGGGCUGCGGCCGGAGACACCCGGAUACGGGACGGUUGCUGUUGUCUUGACCCCCUACGAGCGGCAUCGCAGCGCGGGAGGGGGCCGACCCACCCGGCGGGUUCAGCCCGAGUAUCGUGUCUGCGCGGCGGCGCCACAGCCCGUCCUCCCGAUGUCGGACUUCAAGCUGGGGAUCGUGCGGCUCGGCCGUGUGGCCGGGAAGACAAAAUACACUCUGAUCGAUGAGCAGGACAUACCACUUGUGGAAAACUAUGCCUUUGAGGCGCGGAUGGAAGUAGAUGCAGAUGGAAAUGGUGCAAAGAUCUUUGCUUAUGCUUUUGACAUCGGCAAAGGUCGCUGGGCAGGAAGGCCACUACAUGAGCUUCUUUGGGAGAAGCACAGAGGAGGCAUUGCCCCUAGUUUUCAAGUUAUCCACAUUAACUCUGUGACUGUAGACAACCGGCUAGACAACCUCAGACUGGUGCCAGUGGGCUGGAGCCCGAAGCCAGAGGAGAUUUCCAGCAAGCAGAGAGAGCAGUCUCUGUACUGGCUGGCCAUCCAGCAAGUCCCUGCCGACCCUGUGGAAGAGCAGUAUCUGGAGUUGAGCCGCACGCGCUACUAUAAUGCUAAUGGGGAGCUGGUGGAGGAAGAGGAGUGCUCUUGUACCUACUAUGAGUGUCAUUACCCCCCAUGUUCGCUCAUUGAGAGGAGGCUGCGGGAGUUUAACAUCUGUGGGCGCUGCCAGGUGGCGCGCUACUGUGGCUCCCAGUGCCAGCAGAGGGACUGGCCAGCCCACAAGAAGCAGUGUCGCGAGCGUAAGCGGGUGCUGGCCCUGGAGUCAGAGCCCGAACGAUGAUCUGCCCUCCUCGACUGGGAGAGGAGGAGGGCGAACAGUGGGACAGGGUUACUCACGGGGGUGCGGGACAAAGUGGGAAAAUUAGGGGGAAUUGCUGAUGAGAGACUAAUGACGGAGGACAAUGUUGAUCGACAAUUCAGGGGUAAGAAGAUUGGAGGAGGCUAAAGGAAAGACAUCUGCCACUUCCAAGAACUUGUAAUUCUCCAUAGUUUGCUUUUCAUUUUUUUGUUUUGGUCUUUAUUGUUCUUGAGGAGGGACAACCUCGAGCUCAACCUGCUGCUAUGGUUUCCUAUUUGAGGGCAGAAGCUGUCUCGUUGAUAAAGUGGACAAGCUUCUUUGGACCACAGUCGAACAGAUUGUUGUCGUCAUCCACUUUUGUUCCUCCACCCAGCUGCUGGGUGUCACAAUGUCUUCAUUAACAGGAGUGGGGGAGGACCCCAGGGCCACAGUGUCUGUUGCUCAGCUGGUACAACAGGACAUGGACCUUUUCACUGUAUCGCUCCCUCUCUGAUCUCUCUCAUACACAUGCUGCUGCAUUCACGGUCAUCACCACCGCCCUCCUGUCCUUUCAUGUUCGCCACACAGCCGAACCGGACACGCAUCAGAUAGAUUUCACCGAUUGAAUCACACUACCAGUAUUGAUGUUCAUCACAUUGUUUUUUUUUUUAAAUAUUUUUUUCCCGAUUUUUUUUUUUUUUUUUUUUUUUUUUUUU